AUGUGGCAUGCCAAGGAUGCCAUGCCAUGGGUGGGCAUGUAUAUCUGUGCAGCAUCUUUACUCUGUACUCUUGCAAUGGCAGCAGAUGUUUUCCACGGCUUUAGACAAGGGAAACUAUGGUUUCCAUGCAGGUUUUUCACUCUCAAUGCAGCUUCUGUCACAGUGAUUGCCAUAGCAAUGAAGCUACUAGUAGAUCUAGGUGCAAUCACAAAUGAUGACGUCAAAGCAAGACUAGGCAGCAUUUUGUUCUUGGUCACCAUGGUAGCCAAUUUUCUCCCGUCUUUAGGGCUUAUGGGGGACAAAGAACUUCUCAUUAACAUCAUAGCCUUGGGUAUUCUGUUAAUCACCAUAAUUGUUAAUGAAUGGAUCCUAACUGUUUCAUGGGUGGAGAGUGCUUUUACUGGUAUGCUCAUGCUGCCUUGUUUAUUGGCAUUUUCGGUAGCCUUGACAGUCCCGGCAUCUAGAAGAAACUUACAACUACAGUACAAGGAGUUGCGCAGAUCAGGUUCUAAUCAGGAGGGGAUGAGUUUCUCUUACGGGGAGCUUAUUAAUUAUGUUAAGAUGUAUUGGGUGAUGGCGGAAACAGGUAACCCCCAAUUUGUGAUAGCUUGUUCGCAGAUUUCUUCUACUUUUGGAGUUUUAUGUUUAGCCACUGCCAUCUUGUUUUUAUAUACAUAUAUCUGGUGUAUAUAUAAAAUCUCUUCAUAUCCUAGUGCACAAUCAGAGUAUACGUGGUCAAUUGAGCUUAUUUUUUAUGUACAAUUAAGUGGGGUUUUAGUAGGUUGUAUAGCGCCAGUUUCUAGAUGUUUAACCGUCAUCAGUUAUUUCAAGUCUUCUAAGAAAUGGAGCAUGAACCAUAUAAACGUGUUCAAAGUUGAGAAACAAUGGAUAGAAAGACUUCAGAAAUGGAAGCGCAUUCAUGUUCGUUCACAUAUUCCAAGCCGCCAUAGCAAAAAGGUUUUCCAUAUGGUAAAAAACAUGAUUUUGAACAUUUGUAUUGCAUUUCAAAUAGUGGCUGCAGUUUUAUGUAAAACGAUGUGUCUUGUUCCUAGAUGCUUUUUGAUCUUCUUCUUUUACUGUUGGUAUUUUGGUAAAUCAUUAUCGAAAAGGUUUAAAUGGGGGCCAAGAAAAUCCAAUGGCUAUGUAUCUGAAGAAGAGGCGGAAAAAUACAAUAAGUAUGUUCUACUAGCUGAAGAAGAGGCGGAGCUUUCAGGGAAAAUAUUGACAAAUAUGCUUAGAUCUGUAGAUAAACUUAUUAAAGUAUCUGCAGAGAAAGAGCCGGCAAAUCUUAUGAGGCUUCUAGAUUAUUCUAAAGGAUUCAGUGGAGUAGUAGAGUUUGACAGUGAUGAAGUCCCACCUGUAUAUCAUGAAGAAACUCAAAAUUGUUGGAGCCUAGUAGCAGUAACACUGACGACUAUUGCAAUUGCGCUUCCUAACAUUUUAAAUAGCCAUGUCAAAGAAUUACUUGCUAGUAUGCGGGAAGGACUCCAAAUCAUAAGAAAUAUUGAAGAAACCCUCAAUGAUAAUGCCGACUUGGUAGAGGCCAGGAAAGUAGCUAGACUUUUGUGGACAGAAGUUGAAGUAUACAACAAGUGGCUACAAAUUGACCUUCAAAAGAAGUUUAGCAAGUCAAAAUCAACAAAGAAGAUUCUUCAAUGGUUGGGUGAUGAAGCAGUCAAAAAUGUGAUAGAGUUCAAGAGCUGCAAAAAAGGAAGUCUAAAUCGCUCGGUUCAUAAUUUUAUUGCUUCUAGUUCAAUGUAUAGAAUUAGUCGAACCAUACUACUCCACUGCAAUAAGCAAGAAAAUUGGCCAAAUGAUGGUGAUCUUUUUGAGUGGAUAUCAACAGUAAUUGCAGAUGUGCUAUGUGCUUGUUUUACCAACUUACCACGUGUCAUAAAAAUGAAGUGUCAUCAUGAGGCAAUAGAGAAAAGGGGGGAGAACAUUUGGAUUGCUGCUGAGCUUCUUGGUAAAUCCAAAAAGAUUCUAGAGAUCCUUGAAGAACGCCAACUUCCAUAUUUAGAUUUAGACUCGAUGGCCUAUAUCAAUAAGUGGCGAGCUUUGCCAAAUAGUCAGACACUUAGCCGUUGUACUUCUUCAACCAGAGUUCAGCUUACUUCUUCAAGAUCUAAUGAAUUGCUCAUGGUAACUGUCCUAUAA